CGCUGCCGUCGAUCUUCCGUUCCGCAGGUUCAAAUCCUCACCGCUGUUCCAGCUAACGCCUCUCCUUUCAGAGAGCAUUAAGGGGAGACGCAAGAGUCAGGAGCUCGGAUCUUAAAUCAUGGAAUCUUCUCUGCUCGCGGGUUUUACCAAGUCGCUGGCCAUGACGGUGUUGUCUGAGAUCGGAGACAAGACGUUCUUUGCCGCUGCGAUAUUGGCUAUGCGUCAUCCCCGUAGGCUUGUCUUAGGAGGUUGCUUGACAGCACUGAUUGUGAUGACAAUCUUAUCAGUUCUUUUUGGUUGGGCUGCCCCUAACCUGAUUUCUCGUAAAUGGACACACCAUAUUACUACUGUGUUGUUCUUUGGCUUUGGGCUUUGGUCCUUAUGGGAAGCAUUCACUGGAGACGGAGAAUCUGAAGAAUUGGCCGAGGUGGAAGCAAAGCUGGAUGCUGACUGGAAGGCUGGUGCUGCUGGAUCCAAAGGAACUUCUAAGGAUAACGAAGACUUGAAAAAACAACAAAAGAUAUUUCUGACACAGUUCUUCUCCCCUAUCUUUUUGAAGGCAUUUUCCAUUACAUUCUUUGGUGAGUGGGGUGACAAGAGUCAGAUUGCUACGAUUGGUCUCGCUGCAGAUAUGGACCCGUUUGGCGUAGUCCUCGGUGGAAUCAUAGGACAAGCCCUGUGCACCACCGCAGCAGUUUUUGGAGGAAAGAGUUUGGCCACCCAGAUUUCUGAAAAGAUGGUUUCUCUCUCUAGUGGAGUACUCUUCUUAGUGUUUGGUUUCCAGUCCUUCCUCGCCUCCUCUGCAGCAGCAGCAGCAGCAGCAGAGUUAUGAUUCAAGAUUUUGUCAAUCAAAGCCAGUUUUUAUCUCUCUUCAAUGGAGUCCACAAUAUUGAAUGUGAAGGUUUUUUUCCUCAUCAUCAUAAUUUACCUCACCCCAAACUCUACUGAAAAAUAAUAGCAAUAACAAUAAUAAUUUCCGGUCUAAAUGAAAAGAUCUGGAUGUACAAUUAGAAUCAGUGGAUAUUAAUCACAGAAAGUUAAAUUUAGGCUUUGCUUGGGACGGCUUUUUUAUUGCUUUUU